GGGCCGCCUCUCCGCUGCCGCCGCUGCCCCGCAGGGAACGGGGACAGCCCGGGACACCCUGCCGGUGCCCUCGGGAACGCCGCUCGGUAAACAAUGGAGCCAGAGGUAAAAGUGAAUGAAGAUUUCAAAAGCCAGUUCAAGGCUUAUCAGGAGCAACAGCAAAGGCGGCUGCGAAACUUGCUGGAGACCAAGAAGGAGAAGCAGGACAGGCAGAAGAGCACUGGCAGCACAAAGGAGACUGUAAGAGCCCUGAGUGAUCUAAACCUCUUUACAAAAGGACCUCCUGUAAAGGAAGAUGCCAGCAAAAGUUUUCUUGAGGCUGAGAAUAAGCAGCUGCAGGAUCAGCUCCGAGAGAUCCGGGAUGAGAACUGCAGGCUCUACAGACUGACAGCAGAGCAAGAGUUUGAAAUAAAGGAGCUCCAGAAAAGAGUACGGCUGGAGAAGUUGGCUCUGUCAGAGGUGUCUGGUUUUGCUGGAGACGUGGCUGCCACUAAAAUAGUUGAGUUGGCCAAGAAAAACCGGGAGGUGACAGCUGAGUUUGAGAGUGAGAGAGCCAAAGUGAAGCAGCUGAAUCACAGAGUCAAGGAGCUGGAGAGAGAACUACAGGCAGCUGCAGAAAAAAUCCAUUCCCUUGGUGGUGAUGCUGCAGGAAUCAAGGAAUCAGCUCUGAAAAAGCUGGAAGGAGACUUGGCUGAAAAUCCAGAGGUGAAAGCACUGCAAGAAAAAUUGAACACAGCCAACUUAAAAGUGACAGAAUAUCGGAACCAGCUCCAGAAUUUGAAACAGGAACUGAAGCUGACCCAAAAGAUUUUAGCCAAAGAAGUUGGGGAAGAUGUGAAUAUCCAAAGUCUCUUGACCAAUUCUGGCAACUGGCGUGGACGAGCUCAGCAGAUUCUCCUUCUCCAAACCAAGGUUCAUGAGCUGGAGCAUAAACUGAAUCACCAGAAGAUCAGAGCUUCACUGCUUGAGAUGGAUGAGGGAUUGCUGACAUUUCCUGAUCCAAGGAAGUUGUCAGUCCAAGAGAAGAACUUGCUGAAGAUUCGCAGCUUGGAGAAAGAAAAGAAGGAAUCUUUGGAGAAACUCUCUGAGCAACACAACACUCUCCAAAAAAACCAUGAGGAAUUGAAAAAAAAAUUUGAUGCUUCAAGAGCCAGGAACCAAAUGCUGUGUGGAGAAGUGAAGAUGCUGAAGGGACAGAUUGGAACCUUGCUGGAGAAAGGGAAACAUGAUGAUGAGCUCAUACAGGCCUUGCUGAGCCAGCAGAAGCAAAUGCAGGAGAUCUUAAAGGGCCUGAGCCAGAAGGAGAAUGAGAACAAGGAGUCUCAGGAGACGAUGGGGCACCACUUGAGCCAUGAGAUUCAGAAACAAAACACCCUGAUAGAUGAGCUCAGGGGGUUGGUGGCUGACAGAGAAGAAAAGGUUAAAAUUCUGGAGAAGGAGAUUGGACAGCUCACAAAUAAGAACAAGUCAGGAGCUGCUCCUCCACCACGCUAUGAGCACUCAGGAUCACCUGAGGGGUCAGGCAGCAGCAAGGCUGGGAGGACAGAAUGCACAGUGUCCGCGAUGGGCCACGUGCUCGUGGAGUCAGCAGCCACAGAGCCUUUCUUCCUCAACCCACCUGGAAGGGCGGAGGAAAGCAGCGACAAAGUCACGGAAGCUGAGAAGAAGCUCCAUGAAGAGCAGUGGCAGAGUGACAGCUUGGAACAGCAUCUUGAAAACCUGCAGGUGGAUCCAGGGAGCAGCACAACUGCCCAGGAGCCUGCCCUGAGGAGCAGAAAAGCCCAGCCCAGCCCCCCUUUGCAUGUGAGUGACAGAGAGGAGCUCUCUGCAUCCCUGUCCGAGCUGCUCCUGGAAUCUCAGGUGGAGUAGCUGAGCAGGAGGCUUGGCUCCCAGAUGGAUGCAAACAAAAAUCUGAAGGCUGCUCUGAUGGAGACUGUGAGAGCCAAAGAGGAUGAUUUGAAACUGCAUCCAAAUCAUAAUGGACAAAGUGAGGGCUGGUUUUGCAGAGGCUGUUCAGCACCAUACACCAGAGGAGAGUUAAUCCAGAUCUUCCCAGUCCUUUGGGCUGCAGAGCAGGGAGAGAGCCCAGGCACCAGUGUGAUUUUGCAGCCUCAGAUCGUGUCAUUCCUUCAGCAUUUGCAGGAGAGGAUGAGAAGCAGAGAUGAAAUACAAAAAGUGAAGGUUUUAUGUGUCAGCAGUUUCUGUCUCUGAGGCUUGGCAAGCAGGGCUGGUGGGUGUAGUUUGGGAAGCUGCAGUUCUGCAGGGGGGUUUUGGACUAAACCUUCCAGGUUUCAGCACAGUGUUCCCUGGAAGAGCUCGAUAUUCAGUCUGCUGCUGCCUUUAUCAGCUCAGGAAGGAAUUUGCUGUACAAAAGUUAGGCCAGCCCCCUUCCUUAGAACAAAACAAGCUCUGUUUUUAUCCCACACUGCUACCUGCCUGUCUCAGGCUCUCUGUGGCACUUCAGUGCUGAGGCACAGGAUUUGCCUGACCUGGGACUAUCUGCAAAUCAGCUUUGGGUGGGCUCCUCUCAUCAUUCCAACCUCUUUCUUUGCUUGAACAUACUGGCAGCACUUUUCUGAAACUCCAGUGAGUUUCCACUGAAAAGCUGUGCAGAUUACCCCUGCAAUGAGUCAACCUACCUUAAAUUCAGCUCAUUCCAUAAAAAACUUGCCAUCCACAUUAUGAAUUCCCUGUUUCUGGGUCUCUGCAGUCAUCCAUCAGGCAGAUCUUGUUCUCCCUGGGAAGAAAUGCUACAAAAUGCAGGCAGGUCUUCACUGCAGCAGUGCUGGGACUUUUUGGAGCUGCUGCAAACCCUGCCAGCCCUGUCCUUCUCUCCUGCAGCACAGUGAGGACACAGAGUGCAAGCUAAUCAGGCAUUGCCAUGCAGCCUGCCAGUGCAGAGCAGCCUUGGGGAUUCCAGGCAAAUGGAGAGCCAGGCAUUUUUGUACAGUGCUCCUUUGUUUCUCACUUGAAAGCUUUUUUUUAGUCCUUUGCUUUGUCAGCCUCUUUUUAUGAGCCUGAAGUUUGUCAGGCUUUAACCCCAGCCAGCACCAUCAGUGCAAAGUGGAUUUUUUGGCAUGAAAACCACUGCUCCCUUCCCCAGCAUGGGGAUUUCAUCCUGACUCCCCUGUGCAGAGUGGAAAAAAGCAGAGCAGGAGUCACUCCAGAUGUGUUGUCCCUGUCUUUUUUUUCCUGCUUAGGUUCAGAAACGUCUCUCUUCAAGAAAUGGCUCUUUUCAAACUGUUCCUGGAGUCCCUGAUGGAGGAAGUCAGGGAGCUGGGGAUAAGCUCAGCUCCUGGGAGUUAGCAGGGAAUUAACCCUCCCUGUGCUCAUGAGGCUGCUCCACUGCCCUAGAGCUCAGCCCAGCUCUCAGGGGCCUCUCUCACAAAAAUCAGGAUCAUCCAUUGCAGUAUUUUUCCUUUUUCAGAGGAUAAAAGCAUCUUGUAACCCUCAAUCAUCUCUGGACAACUUGAGGAAUAAAUCCUGGGUUGAGAGGAGCCACAGCUUUGGUUUCAGCUCCAUCCUGAUGCCUCUGUAGAGGAGAGGGAUCCUCUGGUAGGGAUUUUAAGGACCUGCAGGAGUGAGCAGAUCCUGCAGAUCCUUGGAAAAGCUGCCUGAGCAGGAGCGGGGCUGUGGGAGCUGUGCUGUGCAGUGGCUGCUAAAUUCAGGCUGUAACUUGGAGCUGCAGGUUCUGAUUUCACUUACACAGGAGUGUGAAUCAAUAAUAUUUUCCCAGGAGCAGAGCAGAGGCAUCUGCUGCCCUUCCUUGUGCCCUGUCCCAGGGGAGCUGUGAAGAUCAAACCUCUCUCCAGGAAAAGGGCUCUGAAUCAGCCCUGAAGCACAGGGAGGAAACUGGGAUCUCACAAACACACAUGGCUCUCCCGGAAACCUUUUUUUGGAGUGCUGCAACACUCAUUUCUUUAACCUUGUGCCUGCUCAGUGCUGCACAGAAGCAUUUUCUCCCUUUUUUUGCACCACCAGAUGCUUAUCAAAGAAAGACUCCAAGCACUAUAAAGCAGUUUAUUUAGGCAGCCUGUACCUGUAAGCAGCUGCUGCUCAUGGAAAUGUGCAAUCUGUCUCCUGUCACAGAGUGGGAGGGCAGAAUGUCCAGGGCUUCUCAGUAUUUUGAAAUGCACUUCCCCAGAGUGACCUGGCUUGAAUUCUCCCCGUGCUGGCUCUUGCUGGCUCCCACUUUUCAAAGGAUGACACCAAUUUUCUUGCAGCAUUUUGCUAAAGAUAAGAAACCCUGGCAGACCUUGGGAGCAGCAGCCCCCUGCCCAUCACUCAGAGAACAAAAUCAAUGACAAUAUUUUUCUCUCUGCCUGAAAAUCCUCACAUUGGAGAUCCCGAGCCCCAGGAUCUCUCCAGCACACUUGUGCAUUUCUUUCAGGAUGCAGCUGAUAUGAAAUCACCACAACCCCCUCCUUCCCUUGGAACUUUCAGUGGUUUUUAUUGGCUUUUUUUGGGUUUUUUUUUUCCUCUCAUGGAUAAACACCAGCCUGCUAAAAUACUGUGUUUCAAUUCUAAUUUGAAUUUCUCUGGCUCCAGUUUGCAGCCAGCCAUGGUUUUGCCUCUCUCAGAUAAAGGCACUGUGAGUGCCCAGCAUUUCCUCCCUGGGACAGCCCUCCUGCAGUGAGAAGUCAUUUCCCAGGCAGCUUUUUGAUAAGCUCUGAGUUUUUUCAGCCUCUCACUGCAGCUGAUGGUGGUGACAGGCUAAAGGUGACAUCUCUGGCACGGGCUGCUGGGUACAGUUAAGGUUAAUUUUACUGCCAGUAUUUAGUUAUGGGCACUCCUUGUUAGGAUUUGGGCAGUUCUUACCUCCAAAUAUGAAUUCUCCAAACACUUGGGCUGAGCCAAAAUCUGUCUCCUGCCCUGGAGCUGGGCAGAGCUCUUCUGUGGAGCAGCCUGAUGGAUGUAUCCCAUUUUACACUACAGCUGAACUGCUGGGAAGAAAUGAUCUUUGAUGAAUUGUCCUUUCCUUUGGGCCUGUUGCCAGGAGUUUACCUGCAAAGAGCUUUCCAAAGUGGCUGUAAGAUGAAUUAAGUUGCAUUAGGGUGGUUAAACAUAGGCAGAAUUGACACAGGAGAGCUCUGCCUGCCCUGGGAUCUGCUUGGACAGGGGGCACAUGAUCAGCUGGGGGGGUCAAAGCCCUUCCUGGGGAAUUCAGAGCUGUGGAAUGGGGCUGUGGGUGCCUCCUGCCCUCCCUGGGGCUCCAAAGCAGGACAGGGAUGGUAGGAGGAGAUGGAUUUCAGUCCUUUAUGUGGGAAAAAUGGGGAAGAAGCUGGUGGCACAGGGGAACUGAGUUGGAAACUGCUCUGCUGACCCCCCCCAAGCCAUCAGCUGCCACUGCCCUGCAAGGCACAGUGCAGGACAAAAGGCAAGAGGCUCAGCUUGAAAUGGAAAAACACUCUGGCAGAGCCCCUGUGCUCUAAAUUAAGCCACGACAGAGCCAAGAGGGGUAUUGGGUUUCUCAUCUCUCCCUUCAUCCUCUCCCCUCCAGGCCCUGCUCCCAUGGGACAGGCUGGCCUCACUCAACAAAUGCCACCUAAAUCCUGGGAUCUCCACUUACAGCUCCAAAUCCAUCCCAGGCAGGGAUCCUGGGCUCGGAGCAGCUUGUUGGUCAGGGAGAAGAGGGAUCUGGGGGAUGCAGCAAGGAACUGAGGGGUUA